GCUCCUCCUGGUGGAUGUGGAAUUGUACGGAAUUCCCGGCCCGACAGGCAGCAACUAUUGCGCAUGCGCGGACGAAAACUCCAUGAUUUUUUUUUGGCACAGGAUCCUAAGGAAAAAUAGGAACUUGGAAACGGAGAUAAACUAAAAGCGAGCUCAUAAAGACUUAAUAACCCCAUCGCUCGCAUACACACGCGGAAAAGACGCUUAGGAGAGCGCCGAAGCUUUGAAUGAAGCGAUCGCGCGCUCCGCGGCCGAGCAGGAUUCACGCGAAACUGGACGACAAUGCAAGGGGCGCAAUAAAACCAAGCGGUUAUUGCUCUUUGUUUUUAAGCAGGACGGCUCGAAUGGUGCGCGGGAUGAAUACCCGAGGAAGUGGCUAAAAUCACACAGCGUUAAUAACAGCUCCAGGAACGGCGACAUUUGCGACUCAAGCGCGUCGAGACGCUUGUUCAGUCUUCAGUCUGCGUUGUGCAGCGCAGCGAAGAAGCAGGAAACUUCGUAAACACAGAGAUUGUCAACUUCUGGGGAGUUUCGUAGAAGCAUCGCAGUCCAUUUGAGAAGAGCAGAGAGGAUUGUUUGUCAAGACAGAUUUGUUGUAUUGUUGUGUGGUGUAAAUGUCCUCCAAAGAGUGUAUUUCACGACUGGUGUUGACCAAGGCUGUAUAAAAAUGAAAAGGAGCUGGAUGUGUGUGAGCAGAAAAUGACGGGGGGCAGUGAGAGUGCAGCAGGAGAAAAAGAUGGAGGUACGACGCUCAUCGCUCAGAUCCCGGUUGGCUGGCAGAGGAAGGUGGAAGAUGGGGCUGUGUCUUACAUCAGCCCUAGUGGUACAGUCCUUCGAUCUGUGGAUGAGGCGAGGGUGUAUCUGCGGACAGAUGGCACAUGUAAAUGUGGUCUCGAGUGCCCGCUAGUCCCAAAUAAGGUCUUUAAUUUUGACCCUGCUGCGGUGGUCCGAGCUCCUGGUCAUCAAUCAGGGAAAAUAGAGGAAGAUAUGACUAAACUCUGUAACCAUCGCAGGAAAGUUGAUGCCAUGGCGGCAUUAUGCCAAAGCAUGCAGCCCUCCCAUCUUCCGUCGCUGGCUCAAGCCACAGGAGGGGUUAUAUACUCCGUGGACGGCAGAGAGCCGAGAGGAUCAAUGGUGGCUCAUGGAGACGGAGUCCACUGCACUUACCCUCAGCCCAGACACAACCAACCCAUUGGUUUUCCUCUGUCAUCUCCUCGCCCUGUGGUGCAAAACGGCUCUGUUAGCCUCCCCCCAGUUUCACGGCCUCCAGAACAGUGUUCACCUUUAAAGAAACCCCAAACGCCAUUGGGCUGCAUGCCUGGUUACGCGAAACAGCAGAGGAGCCCUCAUCCACCACUUUCCCAAAACAUCCCCCAAAGGACUUCCCCUAACAGUGUACACAAGCAUAAACUUCCUCCAGACCCCUCCAACGCCUUUUCUUUAUCCCCCUCUUCAUCCUUAACUCUAAGUGGUCGAGGAGCUCCGCCAAACUCCCAGGGAGCGAGUGUCAAGUCGCCUUCUCCUCUCUCACCCUCACGUACCUUGGACAAUUUCUCGCCCCGCCAGCGCUCUCGCCACUCUUCGACGUCCUCGCUCUCAGAGCAUGGGGUCCAAGGGUCCGUCUUCAUUCAGGGAGGCAAACCAUUGCAACCCACCAUGCCGUGCUCCUCUCCCAAGCUUCCUCUUACGCCUUCCAGUCCAUGUAGUCGCUUGGAGGGCAUUCUGCAGCACUACAAAGACUGUAGCACGAGCUCCGGUGCUAACCAAAGCAACCAUCAGAUGACGUUGGUGCAUCCCAACCCAGGCGACAAGAGGAACGGACUGAGUUCUGCUCAAGCCCCAGGACUGCUUGGCCUUCCACUAGGACAGAUUCUCAACCAACAGAAGAGCCAGCAAAAGGGCCACAUCACUAACUCUUUCCCAGCCAGCAGCCUCCUUUCUGCGGCCGCUAAAGCCCAGGUGGCCAACCAGAAAACCCAGCUCAAUGCAGCCGAUGCAUUGACCGCACUCCCUCUUACGGGCUUGGACAAGGAGCAGCAGUCAAAGGUAUUGAUUAGCACUUUAAACAGUAGCGUCCACCCCACUUCCGCCAGAGCACAGUCCCUGACCGCCCUUUUGCUUCCACACUCCCCUUCCAUUUCCCCGGCUUCCCCAGCUGUCACAGAGAAAAACUUAAGGCGUAAACGGCAGAGGCGUUCGCCCACCGUUAUUAACAUGCUCAAAGAUACACAGUUAGGUUGGACCGCAGAAGAUCUCUCCGUGCCGCCUCUGCUCAUCUCCCCAUGCCUUUCGCCAACUUCUCCUUCUGUACCUCAUUUAGACAACCACCGGCUGUCCGUCGCUCCUCCGAAUGCCUCCAGGUUGCAGGAUUCGGAGGAAGGCAGGAAGCCAGGACUUGCUAAUUCCCUCCCAUCUCCAUCUCAGCCCCUUUCCGCCCUGCUUCAGCUUCUUAGCAUGCAAAGCGCAACCCAGCAAUCGGGCGUUGCCACUGCCAUGCCUUGCAACAGGCACACAAACACAUUGCCCUCUUCACCGAGACCAAUCACUCCACAGACGCCCCAAUGCGACAUGCAGUCCACAUUGCGUUUACCCAACCACACCCCGCAACCUCAACCCCAAAGCACUGUGCCCAUGCCAGAACCUCCUGUCCAGCGACCCCCAUCCCAACCCUUUCCUUUGAUGGGUGAUGAGACAACCAUGAACCUCAAAACAACCUCCAGCAACGCCAUCCUGAACUUGAGCCAAACGCCGUCGGACCUCAACAGUUCAAUUCUGAGCAUGAUGAACCAGAUAUCCUCAACAUGCUUGCCCUCAUUCCCAGAGAAAGGUUGUGGAUCCAAAACAACAGACACUUGUCUUGACCAUGGUACCUUCCAAAUUAACCAGUCAAACCACAACCAAGCUGUGGAAAGUAAAGGUCCUGUAGAGUCGAUGGAUCAGCCGGACAUGGAUGCAAGAUUGCUAGGAGGCUGUGAGCCGGACCACAGCCUCUCUCUUCCCAAUGCCCCCUCUUCCGACCUUUCUAACCCUACAACCGACCCCGCUGUUUCCCUUGCAGAGGCUUUUCCCUUCAUGUCUCAAGAACAGCUCCUCCAGCUUCUCUCCUCCAACGCCGGUCUGCCUUCUCUGUUACCUCCCUUUCUCGGCUCCCUGCCUUUAGGGGUUUGGAUGAGCAGCCAACCUUCGGUGCCCGGCGGUGCUCAAGCCCAGCCAACCAGUGCCAUCCUGAACCAAGGCUCUCCUCUUAACGUCCUAAACCAAGGCGAGCUUCCCAUCAACCUCGUGAGCCUGUUAAAUCCGCCAGGUUCUGAAGCAGAGGUGGAAGGUGGUGAAAAACCCCCUGGGCUUCAAGCCCUUCUCAUGGCUUCGUUGCUGCUCGGCCAGAAUCCGGCUGCCAUGCUGCCACUACCAGCGCUCAACCUGGAGCUUCCUACACUGCAGCAGGUCUUUGCGGACGGAGUGUCCCUGGAGAAGAGCCCCGCUCUGCUGGAUUCGGUCCUGAUGGGGCCAGGGCUCCUGGAGGCUCUACAGACUCUAGCGCCCGGCGCAGACGGCCAGUCUCUGCUUCUUUCCACCCAUUUCACUCCACCCCCUCAUGCCUUUCUUUCGCUCAACCCUGCUCUGCUGACCGCAGCUCUCGCCCAGACCGAACCCCUACCCAACCACCCUCCGUCCCCCCCGCCUCAUUCUCAGGGGACUCUGUCCAGCCCAGCUCUAGUUUCUACCUCGGUGUCCUGCGGCCCUCUGGUGUCCAGCACAGAAGUGUGUGACCCCCUGGCCGAGCAGGACAAGAACAACACCCAGACACCUCACUUCCUGCCACCUCUGCUCGCACCCGGGGUUCUCGGUCACCUCACCGCUCUGGGGAACAUCAGCGGUCUUCACGGUUUAUUAGGAGGCGGACCCCUUCUUCUGCCGCAGGGCUCGCUAACACAGAACCAGACAGCGCUCAACCCGCUCACCUGCCUGCAGCUGACGAUGGCGCCGGGGCUCAUGGGAGAGAAGCCCGUGGCUCUUCACGAGACGCCUUCGUCACAAGAUCAGCUUCCCUCGGCUUCGAUAUCCCAGGAUUCCCUGCUCAACCCCGUCCAGCAGAGAGAGACGUCCCCGGGCUCCGGUCCAGGGCUGUUUGACCCAUACGGCUCCUUCAUGGACACCAUCUACACCUCCUUCCUGCAGGUGAACGAGCGUGAUUCGUACCCGGAGCUGCCUCCGCCCCUCAGCCCUCGCCGCGCCUGCUCCGUCCAUAACCCAGACCUGACCCGCCUCGGCCUGGACACGGCCCAGUCCCAGUCUCCGGCCCGAGGGACGCCCAAACCCAGCGAGGACCCGUCACCACCGCCGCCCUGCGACGCUCCGCUGGAGGAGGCCAAGACCGACGGCUCGGCCACAGUCUACAGCAACGGGAUCGUCUCCGGAGCGGAGGGGCGAGGAGGAGAGGAGGAGGAGGAUGGGCGAAGGCCACAGGGAUAUUUGAGUCCGGGUGAGCGGCUCAGAGAGGGAGUCGACGACAUCAGAGACGCAGAGCAAGUCCAGGCUGAAGACGUGCACACAGGAGCCAGAAGGGGGCGCAAGAGGAAGCAGUCGCUGCAGAGAGGAGCGGACCUGCUGGGCGGCAUCGACGAGCCGAUGAUGGUGUUGUCCAGAGCCCCGCGGUCCGUCAGAGGGAAGAGACGCCGCGUCGUCCGAUAGAUCCGACUGUACUUUCCCGCCAAAACACCAGCACUGUUGCCACAGCAACACCCUCUGAGCCGCACUGUGAGGAAUCUCCGUGAUUCGCUCCUCCUCCGUCCGUCUGUUACUACGACUGCCACAGAUGUUACAUCGUUACAUGUUCAGACCGUUACCAGGCAACCAAUGACAACAACUGAUCAAUUGUUGUGUCAGUUUAGGAAUAGUUUGUUGUUUGUUUAUUCAGUCACUUUUUGCUUAUGUUUCAUGAUUGAGGUCAGCUCUGAUUAAAAGGAUAGAUGAGUGUGUGUCUUCAUCAGGUUUGGAGAAAUGUAGCACUGCAUCAGUGUCUCAUCAAUGGAUGCUCUGCAGUGAAUGGGUGCCGUCAGAAUGAGAGUCCAAACAACUUAUUAAUUACAACUUAUUAAUUUAAAGUUAAAUUGUGUCCCUGCAGCACAGAAGCAGUCAUCAGUGUCACAGACGUAUAUUUGUAGAAAUAGACAAUAUCCUAAUGAUUUUUGGCAUAAAAGAGAAAUAUAUAAUUUUGACCUAUUAAAUGUAUUAAGUAAAGAUCAUGUUCGGUGAAUAUAUUAUACGUUUUCUACCGUAAAUAUAUCAAAAAGUAAUUUUUGAUUAGUAAUAUUCAUUGCUAAGAACUUCCAUCUGAACAACUUUAAAGAUGAUUUUCUCAAUAUUUAGAUUUUUUUGCUCCCUCAGAUUCCAGAUUUUCAAAUAGUUGUAUCUCAAACAAAUAUUGUCCUCCGAACAAACCACACAUCAAUUGAGAGAUCAUUUAUUCAGCUUCAGGUGAUGCAUUCAUCUCAAUUUCUAAAUCUCAAUUUUGGGCUCCAGGGUCACAUUUGUGCUUUGUGUUAACUGAUAAACUGGUGUGCUGUGGAUUAAUGUGAUGUUGUUAUCAACUGUUUGGACUCUCAUUCUGACGGCACCCAUUCACUGCAAGUGAUGGAAUCAUAUUUUUUUUGGGUGAACUGUUCCUUUUAAGAUUUCACUCCCAUCAGUCUUGAGCUGCAGGUUUGUGUCCAAAAAUCCCUAAGACACUGAAGCGGUCUCGUUCUCAGACCAAACGACUGAUGUUAUCCUUUAAAAACCCAUAAUGCACCUCAUGAACCGUUUUCAGCUCUAGAUUCAUUCAGUAGUUUUGUCAGUAAUGCCGCCCUGCAGUAACUCUUGAGUUUUACACGCCUCAAAACGAGACCAAAUCUUACUCUGUACUCAAUGUUUUGUUUUUGCAGGGCCGUAUGUGUUGUUUUCUUGUUUCCUGUGUGUGUGUGUGUGUGUGUGUGUUCCAGGAGUGUGUCUAGGUUUUAGGGGCUUUAGUCGUGGAUCUGCACAGAGCUCAUCAACACAGGCACAAGAAUAUUACUGAAUAUUUAAAAUAAUGAUUUAAUAAUGAGGCUGAUUAUGCAAUUUUACUAUUGAAUUUAUGUAUAUAUGUACAGUUUUAGUAUUUUAUUUUGUACACCUUUUUUUAGGAGAAACUGAUAAAUUUGUAAAAUAUUUCUCCUGCAGAGAAACCUUUCCUUUCUCAUAUUCAUGUUUGAUUUGUAAAGAAAAUACUUUGAGAAUUGUGAACAAGUAGCAUUGCCUUUUUUACUGGGAGUUGUUUUUUUUUAAUCAUUAUUAUUUAACAAAUUAAAACCAUUUUAAA